GCGCGCCCGUCCCUGCCUCCUCCUCCUCGCGAGCCUUGGUGGAAGAAGAAGGAUUUGGCGCCAGGCGGGUCCCCAUUUUCCUCUCUCUCUCUCUGCAGCCGCAGCGCUCCGUCCAGACCGCGACCGCGCCGCAUCGAGCCUUCGUCGUCGUCGUCGCCGCCGCCGCCAUGAGCUGCUCGCCGGUGAGCGUGAAGAAGCUGAAGGUGUCGGAGCUCCGCGAGGAGCUGAAGAAGCGGCGCCUCUCCGACAAGGGCCUCAAGGCCGAGCUGAUGGAGCGCCUCCAGACCGCGCUCGACCAAGAGGCCGGCGGCGGGGGCGGCGGGGAGCCCGGGAACGGCACCGCGGAGGAGAUGGCGGAGGCCGCCUCGGAGCAGCAGCAGGCGCAGCAGCAGCAGCAGCAGGCGCAACAGCAGCUCCUCUCCCCGGCUUCCGGCGGAGGCCCCGACCAGGCCGAUGACGAGGAGGCCGACUUCGGCGCCGGCCCCGGGGACGAGGAGGAGGACGAAGAGGACGAGGAGGCCAUGGAGCUGGGCGAGGAGAACGGCGAGGGCGCCGCGGGGGCCGCCCGCAAGGAGGCCGCCGAAGACCUUGAGGAGGAGGAGGAGGAGGACGACGACGAGAACGGAGACGACCAGGGCUUCCAGGAGGGCGAGGACGACGAGGAAGAGGCGCCCGCCUCCUCCGCCGCGCCCUCCGCCUCCUCCUCGGCCGGCGGCGGCGGCGGGGGCAACGCUAACGGCCACGGGGCCCAGGCCUCCAAGGAAGCGCCCGCCAAAGGAGGAAGCGCCGCCUCCGCCGAGGCCUCCGCAUCCGCCCCGGCCUCCUCGGCCCAGACCGGCGGGAAGCAGAGCUCUCCCGCCCAGCAGAAGCCCGGAGGGGCCCCUCGUCCCGGGGAAGUUAAAACUGAGCAAAAACCGGGUGAGAAAAAAAGGGGUGUGAAAAGGCCCCGUGAGGACCACGGCCGAGGCUAUUUUGAGUACAUCGAAGAGAAUAAAUACAGCAGGGCCAAAUCUCCGCAGCCUCCCGUGGAAGAAGAGGACGAGCAUUUUGACGACACGGUGGUUUGCCUUGAUACUUACAACUGUGAUCUACACUUUAAAAUUUCAAGAGACCGUUUUAGUGCUUCCUCAUUGACUAUGGAGAGUUUUGCCUUUCUUUGGGCUGGAGGGAGAGCAUCCUAUGGAGUUUCCAAAGGAAAAGUCUGUUUUGAGAUGAAGGUAACUGAAAAGAUACCUGUCAAGCAUCUCUAUACAAAAGAUAUUGAUAUACAUGAAGUGAGAGUUGGCUGGUCACUGAACACAAGUGGGAUGUUGCUGGGUGAAGAAGAAUUUUCUUACGGAUACUCCCUGAAAGGAAUAAAAGCGUGCAACUGUGAGAUGGAAGAUUUUGGUGAGAAAUUUGAUGAAAAUGAUGUAAUCGGAUGUUUUGCUAAUUUUGAUGGUGAUGAAGUGGAACUCUCUUACUCAAAGAAUGGACAAGAACUUGGAGUUGCUUUCAAGAUCAGUAAGGAAGUUCUUUCUGGAAGACCUCUUUUCCCACAUGUUCUCUGCCAUAACUGCGCAGUUGAAUUCAAUUUUGGCCAGAAAGAUGAGCCCUACUUCCCCAUACCAGAGGGGUAUACUUUUAUCCAGAAUGUGCCCCUCGAAGAUAGAUUUAGGGGACCGAAGGGGCCAGAACAGAAGAAGGAGUGUGAAGUGGUAAUGAUGAUUGGCUUGCCUGGAGCUGGGAAGACUACUUGGGUCACCAAACAUGCAGCUGAAAACCCUGGGAAGUACAACAUCCUUGGAACAAAUACAAUCAUGGAUAAAAUGAUGGUUGCAGGUUUUAAGCGGCAGAUGGCAGAUACUGGAAAACUUAACACACUGCUGCAGAGAGCACCACAAUGUCUUGGCAAGUUCAUUGAAAUUGCAGCUCGUAAGAAACGGAACUUCAUUCUGGAUCAGACAAAUGUGUCUGCAGCUGCGCAGAGGAGAAAAAUGUGCCUGUUUGCAGGCUUCCAGCGCAAAGCAGUUGUUGUUUGCCCAAAAGAUGAAGACUACAAGCAAAGAACACAAAAGAAGGCAGAGGUGGAGGGAAAAGAUCUUCCAGAGCAUGCAGUGCUCAAAAUGAAAGGAAAUUUUACUCUGCCAGAGGUGUCAGAAUGCUUUGAUGAAAUAAUCUACGUAGAGUUGCAGAAAGAGGAAGCCCAGAAGCUUCUGGAGCAAUACAAAGAAGAAAGCAAGAAAGCCCUUCCUCCAGAAAAAAAACAGAACACUGGCUCAAAGAAAAGUAAUAAAAAAAGUGGUAAAAACCAGUUUAACAGAGGUGGACAAAGAGGACGUGGUGGAUUUAACAUGCGUGGCAACUUCAGAGGAGGAGUCCCUGGAAAUCGUGGUGGAUAUAAUAGAAGAGGUGGUAACAUGCCCCAGCGUGGAGGAGGUGGCAGUGGUGGAGCAAUAGGUUAUCCAUAUCCUCGUGGACCUGUUUUUCCAGCCAGAGGUGGUGGUGGUGGUGGUGGUUAUACAAACAGAGGAAAUUACAACAGAGGUGGGAUGCCUAACAGAGGGAAUUACAACCAGAACUUCAGAGGAAGGGGAAACAAUCGUGGCUACAAAAACCAAUCUCAGGGCUACAACCAGUGGCAGCAGGGUCAAUUCUGGGGUCAGAAGCCAUGGAGUCAGCAUUUUCACCAAGGAUACUAUUGAAUUCCCAAAUAAAAUGAACUGAUCCAUAUUUCUUCAAAACCUUCACAAGAAAUCGACUGUUUUCUUUAGUAGGCUAACUUUUUAAACAUUCCACAAGAGGAAGUGCCUGCAGGUUCCUUUUUUAGAAGCUUUGUGGGUUUUGAUUUUUUUUUUGUACAUUUUUAAUUGCAGUUUUAAAGUGAAUCUUAAGAGAACCUCAGCGUUGUGCACGAUAAGAGAAUGUGUCAGUAUUUCAGGGUUCUACAUUUUAUCUGUAAAAUGUGAUUUUUUUUUACCACAACAAAAGUAAAAUGUUGCUUUGUAUCUGGUGUCCUCUUAUUAAAGAUUUUCUUUUCUCUUUUUUCUCCUCCCCUUCCAAAUUUCUAAGAAACAGUCGAGAGUCAUCAACACAGUACAGUUAGCAACCAGGCUUUUUGUAGCCCCCCCAUUAAUAUUAAUACUGUGUAAAUAAUGCUCAUUACACUCCAUCUUCCACUCCAUCCUCUCUAUGCAGUUUCUAGGUAUGGAAGAGGGAAAGAAAUCAGAAUAGUUUUUGGCAAUAAACUAGGGUGUAUUUUUGGUUUUUUUUUUAAUUUGGCAAAUGGUUUUUGAGGGGGCAAAGCAAACCUAAAGCUAAAUAGUGAAGGUGGAGUGCACGUAAAACCUGGUUGCAUUUGUCUGUAGAGGCUCAACUUGUGAAGGUACACACCAUCAACUUUUUCCAUUUGUUCUGCAUUUUGAUUCUGAAAAAGCUGGCUCUGCCCAUUUCUUAUUAAACAAACUUGUUGUAAA